UUAAGCAGAGCCUUUCUUGGACCGAGCUUCUUGUGGCUAGGCUAGUUAGCUGCUGCUGCUGUGCACAUUGAGGUUGUUCUGAUCCACUGCCUUUUAAGUACUGCUGGUCCGGUCGUGCAGCGGCCCGUUUCAGAGACCUGCCGGCACCGUGCGGUUCUUCCUUCGGUCCAUGGUGUGAACUUUGCCGACCCCCGGAGGAGAGAAGGUGAAAGAUGACGCAGUUCUUACCCCCGAACCUGCUGGCCCUGUUCGCCCCGCGGGACCCGAUCCCGUUCCUGCCCCAGCUGGAGAAGCUGCCCCAUGAGAAGCACCACAACCAGCCGUACAGCGGCAUCGCUCCGUUCAUCAGGCACUUCGAGGAUCCCAGAGAUGCUCCUCCACCAACCAGAGCAGAAACCCGAGAGGAGCGUCUGGAGAGGAAGAGGCGAGAGAAGAUUGAGCGGAGGCAGGCGGUGGUGGAGACAGAACUCAAACUCUGGGACCCCCAUAAUGAUCCCAAUGCUCAAGGAGAUGCCUUCAAGACUCUGUUUGUUGCCCGAGUGAACUAUGAUACUACGGAGUCGAAGCUUCGCCGUGAGUUUGAGGUCUAUGGGCCCAUUAAACGGAUUUACAUAGUGUACAACAAGAGGACGGGGAAGCCUCGCGGCUAUGCUUUCAUUGAGUAUGAACAUGAGCGAGACAUGCACUCCGCCUACAAGCAUGCAGAUGGGAAGAAGAUCGAUGGGAGGAGAGUGUUGGUGGAUGUGGAACGAGGACGAACAGUCAAAGGAUGGCAUCCCCGCAGGCUGGGCGGUGGACUGGGAGGCACCAGGAGAGGCGGCGCUGAUGUCAACAUCAAGCACUCUGGUCGCGAUGAUGCAUCCCGGUACGAUGAGCGUCCGCUGGGCGGCGAUCGAGAACGUGGAGACCGGAGGGAGCGCAGCCGGGAACGCGACCGGGACAAGGACCGGGAGCGCCGGAGGUCCAGAUCCCGCGAACGCCGCCGCCGCACUCGGUCACGUGAGCGAGAGAGGGAGAGGGACAGGCAGGUGGGAGCAGGAGAGGACGGCGGCAGCGGAGGAGGUGGAGGAGGAGGCAACCGGCGGAGGGAAAGAGAGAGGGAACGUGGAGGGGCAACGGGAGGAGACAGCAGGAGUAGGGAAAGGAGUCGAGACCGAAAGAGGAGGAGCAGGAGCAGAGAUCGUAAGAGGGACAGGGAGAGAGGAAAGGGGCUGGAUGGGGAGGAGCUGGGCCAGGCAGACGGAGCUCCGGAGGCGGAGAACAGGAUCCUGGAGGAGCACGAAGCAGAGGUAGGUGAGGGCCUAGAGGAGCGCAGGGACAGAGACCGGGACAGGGACAGGAGGAGGAGCCACAGGGACAGAGACCGGCGCCGAGGAGACCGCGACAGAGACCGCGAACACAAGAGGGAGCGUGGAGACAGAGACCGGGGGGAGCGCAGGGAGGAGCGCCACGGGGCCGGACGAGACGAGAUGGGGCCCCAGGACGAGCUGGGCCCCGAGGAGGACGGCGCUCCGCCGCAGAACAUGGAGGAGUACAGUCAGGACGGGAUGAUGAUGGACCAGCAGUCCGUCCCGUCCGCCGACUGCUACGCCUCCAGUGAGAACGGCUACAAGAUGGAGGCUCCAGGAGAUGAGUACUGAGGCGACUAAAUAAAUCCGUAGUUUGAUCGUGUUCGGGGCCUGACUGCCGAGGGAACGAUGUCUGGGCCUCCCUUUGGACCAGACAUCUAGCUAGCUUUCCUGUACGUCUGUUAAAUAUUCCAUUUGGUAUCAUUGCACGCGCAGUUGAUGCAUCUAACAGAUGGAUCUCACCCAGUAGGAGUUUCCCUGCAUCACCCAACUAAUCCGUACCACUAAAUGUGUUCAACCCUAGUCAUAGGUCUGGUUUUUUUUUUUACUUGGAAUGAACUUUAAAGGGGCUUUAUUUGGAGAUAGUAGGUUGUGUUGUCUUUUAUUUCCAGAUCUGUCAGCGGUUAGAUCGUACGUCUCUCGGACCCGGUUAUAAAUUCAUGUGAGACUGAAGGAAAUGAAGUGUUGACAGUUUAGAGCUGUUCUGUUAUUCAAUCUGGAGUAAUUUUUUAAUUCAAUCUGCUGUUUGUAUGUUAGACUGGCAGGGUCCUUUUAAUAAAGAUGUGAAAUCCAA